AGGCAGUUUCCCGCGUUAUUUAUUUAUUAUUUUUUGUUUUAACAUCCUAUUGAAUGCUUAUUUCUUAAUUAACAUUUAUGUAUAUUGUAUAUUGUUAUACUUCGUGAACUAUUAUUUGUUUUAAUUUCUCACUUACAGUGUAUUGUGUUUGUUACAAAUGAGAAAGUUUAUUGCUUUUGAAUGUUGUAAAGUGUAAAAGUGAAAUCUAAAGUGUAUACAAAAUUACUGUCUUAUAUAUUUUGUUAUUUGUUUUCUAAUAGUUUAUAUUGACUGAAAACAUCUAAUUAAAUUUCGAAACAUGGUAAACCAGCAGUAUGAUCCUAAUCUGUUACCAGAUAUGUUACCAAUUUAUUAUACAAGACAUUUCCCACAAAAAGUAUUCUGCAGAUGGCUAGCUUGUGGAUGUAGCCCUCAUCCACUUUCAAAUAGGGAAAUGUCGUUUACACUAGCAGAUGAUGUGUAUCUGCGGUAUUUGUCUAUAAACAAUCAGAAAGAAUUGCAAGACUUGUUACAGAAAAAAUGUCCCCAUAAGUUGGAUAUUGGUGCUGUGUAUAAUACAAAACCCUCAGUGGGACGUUAUGAUGCUGUGGUACUUGCUAGAGAACUGGUAUUUGAUAUUGAUUUAACUGACUAUGAUGAAGUCAGAACUUGUUGUCAAGAGGCUAACGUGUGUGAAAAAUGCUGGCUCUUUAUGGUUAUUGCCUGUGAAAUCAUAGAUAAAGCUUUAAAAGAGGAUUUUGGUUUUCAAUGCAUCUUAUGGGUAUUUUCUGGAAGACGUGGUAUACAUUGUUGGGUUUCUGAUUAUGAAGCAAGAGUAUUGGACAGCCCUGGAAGAGGAGCAGUUGCUGACUAUCUGUGUCUAAUAACAGGUGGAGAGAACCAAAGUAAAAAGGUGCACUUUGGUAGUGAAAAUUUACACACAAGUAUUAAACGAGCCCUGACUGUCAUUGAUAAUUACUUCCUACAACUGCUAGAAGAACAAGAAUUUUUUUCAACUCCAGAAGGUUUAAGUGGUCUUUUGAAACUAAUACCUGAUGAAACACUGAAGUCACAAGUAGGAAAAAAGUUGGAUAAAUUACCACAAUCUUCACUCGAGAGGUGGACCUCGUUCAUUAGUAUUUAUGAAGCAUAUUGUAGAGAAAAUGGAAAUGCUAUGCGCAAAUUGAAAUAUCUGAUAGAAGAAAUCAAAACACAAUACUGCUAUCCUAGACUCGAUGUGAAUGUUACCACAGGGUUUAAUCAUUUGUUAAAGUCUCCAUUCAGUAUACAUCCUAAAACAGGGAAAGUGUCCAUUGUAUUUAAGUCUAGUAAUAUUAAAAAUUUCAAGUUGGAUGAUGUCCCUACAAUUUAUACAUUGUUAGAUGAUAUGUCUCCAAAUAGUUCUCUGCAUCAAAAUAAUAUGAAAGAGGCAAUAAAGAAUUUUCAAGAAGUUGUAUUUUUGUGUGAGAAAACUGGAGCCAUGAGAAGAAGAAAUAAUGCUAAUACAUCUAUCGAGUUUUGAAAAAUCACAAAUGUACGUCUCCAACGCGUAUAUAUUAUAAAAUAAUUUU